CUUACUUCGAACUCCUUCGAACUACCACCAUGGCGGCGGAAUUCAGAACGACAACAUGACCCCUUGAAAGACUGGCAGAACGUUUAGCUACAAUGAACAAACCAUCAGUGGAUCAUGUCAGGGCUGUAAUUAAUGCUCUGUACGAUGAAUCCAAUCCUACUGGAAAAGAGAAAGCUUCGGAAUGGCUUCAAGAACUUCAGCGAUCAGUAAGCAUGCAUGCAAAGUUUGAGAUCUGAUCUUUAAGCUUUGAUACUUUAGAUCAAAACUUUCGGAGUUUCUUUGUAAGGUUUCCCUUUUCAUUAAUAUAAUAUCAUUAGCUAAAAUAUUAUUAGCGUCUGAGUGCAUCCUCUUUAAGCUAUGGCUUUAAUUAGUGAUAUUUGUUAUAUUUUUCUACUGCUCUUCAAUUUUGCGUGGGCCUAAAAUCUCACUCAAAGCUCGUCACGGCCGGCCGCAAACUUGUUUUUUGCCAUUUUCCGGCAUCUGAGUCAUCGAAAUGUUAUGUUGCCUAUAAGCUUAUUUAUUCAUUACUUGUAGUGCAAAAAUACAACAUGGUCUUUCUGAGCAAGAAUUCCAAACUUACGUGACACUAUGUUCAACAGUAUGGGAUAUUUUAUUUGUUUGAGCACUGAAUCGUAUUUUGAACUGCGGUUAAAGAUAUGAAAGUGAACGUGAUCUCCGCAGUAGAAUGAACAACCUAAGCAGUUGAAAUAGAACCAGAAAAAAAUUCAGGCUUGAUCAAGAAACAAACCCUGACCUUUGCAAUUUGACUGGACGCAACACUCUAUCUGGUAACAGAUAAUGUUGAUAAAAAGUUGUUUUGAUACAAGUCCUUUUGAUACGAAUUCAAGCAAUGAAACUGCACAAAAAUUGCAAUCACUUUGUGGAGGCAGGGUGGCUGAGUGGUCAGCGUGUCAGACUCGCAAUCUGGCGGUCCUGGGCUCAAGUCCCGCUCUGGCUAUUUACUGGAUUUGUUCUCAGUCGUUCCGAGUUUAAAUCAUUGGCCUCACUUGUAAAUAGCCAACUGGUCGCCUCAUGCCAGGUGGGGUUCUUAAUCCUGUUGUGUUUUAUUUGAAUAAUUUGUUUCUAAGUGUUUGAGUGGAGUGACUGUAAACUAGCUGGAUAAGCUAAGUGCACUUUCCAGUAUGAACAAACCUUCAUUAUUAUUAUUUUUUUCUAUUAUUAAGUAUAUAGUUUAUUUACAACUCGACUUAAUAAACUUGCUUUGAAACAACUUUGCAUCAAAAACAACUGGUAACCCUCUAUCCAUUGACCUAAUCAAGUGAACUGGAGAACAAGUAAUUGUGAGUUCGUAAUAUAUCCGAUGGUGAAAAUGACAUGAAAAAUACCGUAAAAUUCCGAAAAAUAAGCCCCUCCAUGUAUGAGACCCUCCCUAUAUAAGCCCCCUAAACCGGUAACGCAAAAAACCCUCCGUUAAAUCACCCCUCCAAAUAUAAGCCCCCCAGGGGCUUGCACUUGGAAAAUUGCCCUCAAAUACAAAGUAAAGCAAAGCAAAAACAGUAAAUUUAUUUCCAACUAUAAGGCUAGCCCAAUCGGUUUUGAAAUGCAAAUUUCCCUCCGUAGAUAAGCCCCUCCAAAAUCAAGCCCCUCAAAAAGGGCCUUUGAAAAAUAUAAGCCCCGUGGCUUAUUUUCAGAAUUUUAUGGUAUAUGAAAUGAAUCAAGUUUUGAACUGCAGAAAAAGGCAUGAAGGUGAAUGUGAUGUUCACAGCAAUGUCCAUAGGUUUUUAUUUCCAUUUCUGUAUUUUUUUAUGUGUACAGGAAAAAUGAAGGAACUAUAACAUUGUCAUUUCAUUGCAGGUGUAUGCUUGGGAAAUUGCAGACCAUCUUUUGAGGUUGAAUGUUAGUGUGGAGACAAGCUACUUUGCUGCACAGACCAUGCGAACAAAGGUAAAUAGCAAACAGUUGUUUUAUAUCAUCAUACAGUGUACAUUAGAUAAUAAUUUAGUAUAAAACAAUAUAUACUGCACAGUGACAUUAAAACAGAAGUUGGUAUUAUUAUCAUUGUGAUAUCUUUAUUGUGUGUGUGUUUGUUUGUUUGUUUGUUUGUUCCUUUUGUCUUUGUAAUACUUUUAUCCUUAGUACAUAAUCGAUGAGGGCAAUAACAUGAUAGCUAGUUUGGGUACUUACUAUAUCAAUACAAGCAGUUUUGCUAUCAAUAAUCUACCUUGAAGCUUUCUUUUACAAACAUCCAUUUAUACUUUAAAAUGUAUAAAAACUAAUUUAUUUAUAUGGCUGUCCACACAAGAACAACUUUUAUCUGUUUUCUAACUACCUACCUGAUAAAAGACCAUUCAUGGAGAUACUUGUGUUUAAAUCAUUCAUAUGAGAAUGACGCCUCAGAUUGCAAUUUUUUUUUUAUUGCAUUUUAUGAUUUUUAUUAUAUAUAAUUAUCGUUCAGCAGUUGCUCAAGCUUCUUACUGGGCUACCCUGAUUGAAAUAAACAAGGUCUCUCUCUCUAACAAAAAUAAUAUUAACAGACUCAAUUAUUUUAUUCAAAGCCUAAAGACUAUUCCACAUUGCUUUCAGGUUCAGUAUCACUUUCACGAACUUCAACCGACACAGUAUCAAGUAAGUCUCAUUCUUUCUAUAUAGUUUUUCAACCAGAAUUCUCAUUGUUUCUUCUGGGACGUUUAUUGCAUCAGUACUCUUGGUGGUUAAGCAGGCUACGGGGAGAGUGGGCAUACAGCUGAAAUGUGCAAUCUAGAUGCCCUAAAGUUCAAGCUCUGCAUUAACCACUUGCUGGAUGUGUUCUGUGGGUUGGUCAUGAGUUCAACUACAUGUACUCAGCCAUGCUUACACAUAUAAAUUUUACUAGUAAUAGCAACAGGGUGUGACUGGUUUGCCUCUGACCGGCUGAACAGGCAAGGUUGCCACAGGGGUGUAGAGCUGGACUUGAAUGAAUGAAGAGAGAGAGUUGUGGAUGAGAGGACAACAGAUGUACCCUCUUACAAUACAUUUUAACAUGUGAACAGUAAGCUCGGACGUCAGCAUACAAUCUAGGGGCCCAGAAGUUUCAACCCCCACAGUAACCACUUUCUGGAUUUGUCCUUGGCGGCCAUAAGUUCAAUUACAGUGUACUCAGCCAUGCUUGUGUUUAAUAAUAUUGAUAGCUACCGUAAAAUUCCAAAAGUAAGCCCCUCCAUGUAUAAGCCCCUCCAAAUAUAAGCCCCUCAAACCAGUAACGCAAAAAACCCUUUGUUAAAUGCCUGGGGCUUGAAAUUGGAAAAUUGCUCUCAAGUACAAAGUAAAGUCAACUCCCGAUAACUCAAACCCUCGCUAACUCGAACCUGGCGCUAACUCGAACCAAAAUCGAUUUCCCCUGGAUUUCCGUCAUACAUUCACUGUAAUUUUACCCUCGGUAACUCAAACCCUCGAUAACUCGAACUCCCUCUAACUCAAAUCAAUUUUCGUUUCUCCUCAGGUCAUUUUCUGUAUAAUUUCACCCUCGAUAACUCGAACCAUGUUAAAAAGCCCUUAAAAAGCCGAGGAAAAAGCAGUAUACGGGCGUCCGAAACAUUGAAUUUUGGAUUUCCUAUUGACGUGUUGUAGGAGUAUAGUUUACUAGUGGAGGCUGAUGUUGAUUGUCACAGGCUAACAUGAAGCAGCUUUUCUUCUCAAAACAGUCAAAUGCAUGCUCUAUUUAGGCUAUUUUUUGUUACGUUACUUUCUGAUUUAUAAUCUUGAAGCAACUUUUAAUUUUCACUUGACAUUUCUACAAUUAAAUGAGAUUAAAAUGUUCACUGUGCAAUAAAAACUGUUUUUUACCUUACUCUCGGCUAUUUUCUUCGUACUCCCGAUAACUCAAACUCCCGUGAACUCGAACCUUUUAUGAUUUCCCUUGAAGGUUCAAGUUAUCGGGAGUCCACUGUAAAACAAAGCAAAAACGGUAAAUUUCCUUCCAACUAUAAGGCUAGCCCAAUUGAUUUUGAAACGCAAUUUUUUUUCCAUAGAUAAGCCCCUCCGAAUAUGAGCCCCUCCAAAAAUAAGCCCCUCAAAAAGAGCCUUUGAAAAAUAUAAGCCCUAGGGCUUAUUUUCGAAAUUUUGCGGUAACUGGUUUCCCUCUGACCAGUUGAGAUUCGUUCAUUUUUUUUUUUUUCAAUAUUAUUUGCUUUUGUCCUUACAUGUAUUUUGUGGGCCACAAUAUACAUGUGAUGUAAGUACGGAGGUUCUGCUAUAUCAUUUAAUUUGAACACCUAUGUGGGGCUCUUUUUUGCAAUGAUUGAGGAUGUCAAAUUAAUAAUGCAUGUAGUGCUUUAUACUCACUUAUUCUCUUUUGCAGUCACUAAAGGAUUCCCUUCUUGAUCAUCUGUUCACCCUCCAUGGAGCCUCUCACGCAAUUGUCACCCAGGUACAUGUACACAAGACUUGCCAGCACACGCUUUUAUUUAUGUUUUUGUUAUAAGUUAUACAUGUAAAAAGAAAAGCAGAGGUACAAAAUGGUGCAUGUGCAGAUUAUGGUGUACACUUAGUAUAUAUAGUGCUUUCAUGAUCAUAAACGUAUCAUAAUAAUGCAAUUGAUUACAUAGCUACAUUUGUACAAAUGCAAAAGAACAGGCAUGUCAGCCCAGAGGAGUAGAAUGUAGGAGUAUCUGUAAAUUGUAGAAUUAGCCUGGAUGUAGUUAGCUCAAGAGUCACUCACUUCCACUCCCCCUCCCUUGAUCUGAAGCAAGUGACCCCCCGGAUGUCUAAGAGGAUGGCUAGUGCUUGAAAACUCUUGUCUGGUUAACUCAUUCACACCAGAACCACCCACUCGUGCAGAUCCACAUCCUCUGUACUGCUUGCGACACCAGUGUCAAAGGCAGUAGGCCACUGCCGAAUUCCAAAAACCCUCACUUUCAAAAUGAGGCCAAGUGGGCAACCUUUCUUGCAAAAAUGAGUUUUAUUUGCAUGAGAAUGAAAAAUCAUUUGCAUAUCAAAGGCUGAGCACUUAACCUCAUUUUGAUAAGGGGCUUGGAGGAACUCGGAAAUGGCCCAUUGACAACUUUGACACCAAACCAUCAUCAUGGUUUUUUGUAUAUAUUAACUUAGAACUGUUUCUUAACAGCUGUGUCUAACUCUUGCUGAUCUUGCUGUUCAAAUGCCACAGUGGAAAGAAGUAGUCAAUGACCUUUCUCAGAGGUAUAAUAAUAAUUAAAUUAAUUUGCACUAUGUUCAGUCAUUUAUCUGAGACACAGUUGCAAUUCUUUUCCUUAACCUUUUUAUAGUAGCAACCAUAAACUAUUAAUGGUUCCAUUGCAUUUCUUAAGUGCUUUUUAACAUAACAGCAACAUUUAGUAAUGUUGUUUCAAAUACAUGUUUGGGUUUGUCUGUAUCUCAUGAAAGGGCCUCUUAAGGUGACUCAACCCAGUUUUUUUGGGGGGGUACCAUCCUACUUUGAAGCUCUCUGGUAUCCCCACCUUUACUUUUAUCGUAAGUCUAACACAUAGAAUGGAUAACAUAUAGAUCAAUCUACAAUAUAACAUAAAAUUUUUGGCGAUCAAAGUAAAUGUCACGUGGUUAUAAUGCCACGCCCCUUUGAGGUCUGAGUCGAAAAUCUGCUGUUGCUGGCAUUUUUUCGUAAAAAUCUCUCGGCUACACAUAGUGCGCAUUAGUGCCUUGCGCUGAACAGAGUUUCACCAAAAUCGCAAAGACCCAAUUCGAGAAAUUCAGCGGUUUCCAAAUUUAGGUCAUAAUUUAUGCGAAAAUGAUAAGCAAACUUUACACGGAUUAUAUCUAAUAAACUAUGAGAUUCAUCUCUUUAUUUUGGGCAUCGUUAUAACAGAUGGGUCCUUGCAAGUCAGCAAAACGCUUUAGGGCCUUGUAAAUGCGCGCGAUUUCGAGCAAAGCAAACAUAUAGAAAUUAUAGUUUUCGCUAUUUGUUGACGUUUGUCAGCGUUUAAGAGUCCUUCUCACGAAAAAAGCAUUUUCUUAAAAAUUCGUAGUUUUUUUUCCUUCAAAUUUUUUCAGGGCCACAAUUGAUUAACUAACUACCCGGACUCUGAAUUUCAUGGUCAUUGAAAAACUGUGACAUUAUCUUCUAUAAGCCCAAACUUGAGUAAACAUUGAAGAUUUUUAGCGUUUUGGCUGAGUUUGUGCUUUGGGAGUUGUCUAUUGUUUCUAGUCUGUCAUGAUACAGAAUUCUUGUUCAGCACCAGUGCAAUGACCGCGCUUGACUGACUUCUGAAUAUGAUAAUUUUGGUACAGUGAGACAGGCCAUCGCGUGAUACAUAGAGGUUUAACUCACAAUUUUUAAUCAAUUCUCAUGCUUCUUGUGCCUUUGCAAAAAAAUCAAGAAGUGCUACACACUAAAUCUACUUACUAUUAAAAAAAUAUCAUUUUUUCAUAGGUUUAUUGCAAGCCAAUAAUUAAAGCAACUCGUGACGGGAAUCCCUUCUAUUUUCUUAUACUAAAUUAUCAUAUCUCGGUGAGCAUUCGGAAGUCAGCCAAGCGUGGUCAUUGCACGCGUGCUGAACAAGAAUAUACCUUAUUGAUGUCCUAUGCAGAUGGAAAAUGAGGCACUUUUUAAAAUUGGUCCUGUUAAUUUAAAACUUAAAUUAAAUUGAAAACGUGCUCUCUGUCAUAAUCCCAGCCCUUAAAGCAACUUUUAGCCUUCUAUUAACUCUAUUUCAACGUAUUGUACAUGAAAGUCACACAAGACAAUACAGUGCUCAAGAAUUCCAGGUUUCAAUCUAAAUUGUAAGCUAAUGGUAGCUAAUAUUGCAUACCUUUUUCCUUUUAACACAAAUAUGACUAAAAUACUAAAAGUAUAAAAUUAAUACUCUAAGUGGUUUCUUUUACAGGUUUGGUGCAACAGUAGAAAGACUACCAAUUCUUCUGGAAAUUCUGACAGUUCUUCCUGAAGAGGUAUUUUGUCGCUUAUUUUGUCUUAAGUAGUUUGUGUCAGCAGUUUAACUUAAAGAAAAUAAAAUUGAAAAUAACUCCAUGUCUUUUGUGCUUUGUAAGGUGGGGAGUCAUCAUCUUCGAGUGGGUGCAAACAGAAGGGACGAUGUGUGCACUGAACUUCGUGCUUCAGCUACAACAGUUCUUAAUCUUCUUGUAAGUUCAACUGUUAUUUACAGAUGUUAUAUACAGUAUGUUUUGCAGGUAAAAAUCACAGUCUCAUAUGCAAUUGUUGUGGAGUUUUGUUUUGAUCUCUAAUUCCUACAGAAAAGUGACCAGAACUUUUCUUUGUUCUUUCCUUUUGUAUUAAAGAAAUAAGAGAACAAAAAGUGAUUCAUUUUUAUGCACCAUUUGCCCAACAGGGGAAAGAAAUGAAAUUAAUGCUUACAGUGCUUGCUAGAUUUAGUCUGACAUGUCAGUCACUCAAUAAUUUUUUUGUCUAAAUGUAUGUAUGGGAUUUAAACAUUGUUGGCAUAAAGCUAAUGUACAGCCAGCUAGUGUGUCGAGCUGUCAUAGCAGUGUACUCUUGCAUUAGCGUAUAAUAUUGAUAAUUAUCGUAGUGAACAAUCAUCAUGUACAUUCUUUAAUUCUUCAAGGAUUUAAACUUGGUAACUUGCAACUGCAAAAGUUGAAUCUAUAACUGCGACAAUCUUGUUUCAUAUAAACUAAUAUUGUUAAUAUCGUACAUUGUGUAUGAUACAGGCUGCUUGUGUUGGUCAAUUUCAAAAUGAUGCAAAUAUCAAAGUAAAGGUCAGUAAACUGUUUCUUAAAUCAACCUCUGCUACGUGUGUCAAGAUUAAUAAUAAGAUUUACUGUGUCAUGGUUUUGGAGUUUAAAAUGCCACCUUUCUAUCAUAUGCAAGUAUCCCUUUCGUAGGUUUGAAAAAUUUUUUUGAACUGUUACUUUUUUACAAGUUUUUCAAGCUGUCAGUGUGCUGCUUGUGCUUAUGUCCCCUCACAUGUGUACCUAUAUUUUGCUUUAUGGGUUAAUUCAAUGUACUGUGUAAGCUUCUCAACUGACCUCAGUUGGGCACUUGUUAUUGCUCCAGUUUCCUGAGACUUAGCAGCAAAACAAACCAUACCCUAUAGAACUGUCAAUGUAUAAAAAACAAGCAACACAAGUUGUUUUAUUGUUAUUAGAUGUUUCGCUGUGCUGCCAGUUGGGUGACUCUAAGUGCAUUUCCUCCUGCUGAGUUUGCACAGACUGAACUGCUUCAGACCACCUUUAGAACUCUGGUGAGUAAUAAUCAGCAGGCUGUACUGUUGGUAAUAAUUAUCCCAUAUUACCUUUCAGAUUGUCACGUGCACAUUUUUCUCGACAACCUCUCUUGAAAUAGCUGUAUACUGAUAAUAAAUGGAGUUUCCAACCAUGGUUGUCAAAUUCCCCUUUGUAUGGAACAAACCUAUUGUUUAUUUUUUGUGGAUACAGUGCAAGGGGGCAGAUUGUUGCACUUACAGUUGAGUUUGAAUUUCACUAGUCUCACAUAAGUCACCUUCCAUUUUAUGAAAACAGAUGAAGCCCUACUUAAAAACAAGAAAAUGGCUAAUGCUUACCAGUACAGGGAAUCCAAUGUAGAAGUUAACCCAUUGAUAGGCAGUUCAGUUCACAUUUUGAUUUUCUUUCUUUUUUCUCCUUCUUUUUCACUUUCUUUAAAAGAAAUCCCAUAAAGUAGCAGCACCUUUUUGUUUUUUUCAGUAAAUGUUUAUGUACACUUUACAAUAUAAACUUGUACAUCCUUCUUUCUUUGUUCUUUUGACAUUUCUAAACACAUCAAUUAUAGCCUGUGUACAGCCACCCCUCCUCUCAAGAAAGGGCAGCUAUACACAGGCUAACCAACAUUUAUACGUUUUAAAAUACUGCAACAUAUCAAAAACUCCAGGGAGGGGUUAAAACAACCCCCCCCCCCCCCCCACUUCUCCCACGGGGGGGUGUGAUUUAGGGUAUAUGUCCAAGGGUUAAAGGCCAAUAAAGUAAUGAACAAUCAUUUUUGAAUUACUAUUUGUUUCAGCAUGAAGCUGACUCCAGUGAUAUGUUACAUGAGGUAGCUGCAGAUUUUGUUUGCAAUGCUCUUUUUACUUCGGAGGUAAGUGUGUGUGCAUGUGUCUUAAUGGUCCCCAAUUACAACAAAGAAAUAAACUUUGUUUGAAGUUAGUUUGAAUUUUUUCAAAUUAAUAUUAAUUUGUUGUAAUUCCUUAUCACAAGACUUGGUUAUGUAUGAGUCUAAGACCAAUAACAAAAGAAAUUUCAACUGCCUUCCUCCCUCAAAAGAGAAAUAUCCAAUGUACAUGUAUAGCUGUACAGUCCAUUUCAUUAUUUAAUCAUUGGCAAGUACAAUAAUGCGCACUGCAUAAAGGGAUUGUUGUUAAGGUAAAGGAUAUUAAUUCCAUCCUUUUUUAGGAAAAUGCUUUACUCUUUGCUUAAAGUUUUUAUAAUGGAAGUGCUUUUAGCUGCUCUUAAUAGCACUUAAGUGAUUUCAGACAAAUUAUGUUAUGUACAAACAUAACAUAACAGGUUUGAAAACCUCUACUGGCAGGAGGCAACCAAUUUGCUAUUUUACAAGGGUGACUCAGAAUUUUGAGUCAGGAAAACUGAAAGACAAAUCCAGCUAGUGACCAGAGUGUUACAGAGUGGGACACCCAAGACGGAAUCAAAGCAAAUUACAAGUCCAACGAGCUCUAUUCUACAGGAAGCUGCUCCUUUGCUUAUGUGUUUUAAUCUUUUUUUUUUCUUUUUUGCUCAGAACCUUGACAAGCAGCAACCACUAGCUGAAGGACUGUUUAAAUAUGUUAUGAUGCUGCCACCAGCUUAUGAGAAAGCUGUCAACAGUGAGGACUUUGAUAGGUAACUGGUUUAUUGGCCCCUUGUUUAAUUUAAUAAUAUAUUAGAGGCUCCGACAGCUAAGGUGAUAAAACUGAAACAGAACACAACAUGAAGUCUUUUUUAUUCCCACAUUUUGCAGAGAAGGGAUGCCACUAACAGUGCCGGAUCCAGACCUUGAGAUAAUGGGGGCGGGGGAGGGGUGGAAGGGGGGGAAGGGGCUGGUCAUCCAGGGCCUCAGUUUGCUCUAAAAAUAAGGGGGGUGGGGCCGCCCCCCCCCCCCCCCCCGCCCCCCCCCCGGGUCCCCCCCCCGCCCCUGUUCCUGGGCUGGACCAAGCAAAGUUGGGGGGGGUUUUUUUAAAAAAAAAAAAAUUUCUUCUUUUUUUUUUAGGGUCCCAAAACAACCUUAAAAUUAAAGAUAUUUUUUGGUAUUUUUAAAAAAAAAAAAAAGUUAUGUUUUUUUUUUUUCCCAGAUUUGGGAGGGGGGGGGGCCCCAAAAAGGGCCGGGGCACGGGCCGGGGGGGAGGGGGGGGGGGGGGGGGGGGGGGGGGGGGGGGGGGGGUGGGACCCCGGGGCCCUCGUUUUUCUAAAAAAAAAGGGGGGGGGGGCCCCCCCCCCCCCCCCCCGGGCCCCUCCCCUGGAUCUGCCACUGGCUCAUGUCUCUGAGCUGAACUAGCUAAUGUUGGUGGGCAUUUUUGCAAAAUGAAAACAUUUCCUUCUAUGUUUUCUGAGGCUCCAAGAACCCUUAAAUGAUAAGUUAUGUUUUUGGAAUUUGUAAUAAUUUUUGGUUUUACUUCUUUUCUGUUGACAGAGCUCUUAACCUGUGUAGAAUUUUCACUGAAAUGGGAGAAUCCUAUUUACAUGUGAUGGUAGAAUCACCUGGAAAGGUAAAUGAUCCUUUGUUGUUUCUUCAUCUUGUUAUUAUUAAUUCACAUGUUCUUCACUUUGCUUUAUCUUGAUCAUAGAGAGAAAUGGAAUUGUCUAGUUUGUUUCUAGCAUGUAUUCAUGCAUUUACUUAAUGCACAGUAGUCAUGAUUAGCAUUCACAUUUAGUUUGUUCAGAGAAUUGUUGAUUCUUUUUUGGAAAAGGUGGACAAGAGAUGUUUUUCUUUAGUCAUUGAUCUUAUGAUUAAAACUCUUCUUUGCACUGUAGGGCCUGGGAGACUUGAGAACACUCACCAUCCUUCUUACUUGUGUCAAACACCAUCAGUAUGAGGUAAUGAUAAUUAGUACAAUAAAUCGAAAAAGGUUCGAGUUAUCAGGAGUUCAAAGCAAAUAAUUACAGAUUGUGCAAGACCCAUAGGGUUGCAGUACAUGAUACAUUGCACGAAAAAAUGGAGAUGAGAUCUGUUGAUCAAGUGAAGCAAUAAAGGCAAAGCAUUGUUAUAUUGAGGUGACAUUUAUGAAGUGCAACUGGAAAUAAGGAAAUACAAAAAUGGAUGUGGAGGGAAUGCAAGUAUCAUGCACACUUCACUUCAAAGACAGCAAGAAAUAAAGAUUGAUAUUUUGAACAAGGAAAUAAGCAACAAAGCUUGAUUAAUAUACAGUAAUGGACACUGAAUUUGAACUGGAGUGACAAAAAAAAGGAAAGACAAAGAACUGACAUGAUUGUUUUGAAAUAAAUUCAAUGUUUUGGACUUCAGUACAUUGUUUUUUUUUUCCAACUUGCCAUGCGCUUAAAGCAUUGUUUGAGUUAUCGAGGGUAAAAUUAUAUUGAAAUGAUCUCAAGGGAAACAAAAAUUACUUCGAGUUAAGGUUUGUAGGGUUGAGAUAUCGAGGGUUGACUUACUGAGGGUAAAAUUACAGUGAAUGUAUGAAGGAAAUCCAAGGAAAAUCGACUUUGGUUGAGCUAGCGCAAAGUUCGAGUUAGAGAGAAUUUGAGUUAUUGGGAGUCAACUGCAUUAUCAUUUUAAAAAUGUGUUUUUCAAGAAAUGAGCCAUAUCAGGAUCCUCAACUCCAUGGAAGGCUACUGACCCCCCUCUCUCCCCCUCACCCUGCACCAUAUCUUGAAAAACAAGUCAGUUUAACUUCAUAUUUUACCUUUAAAAACUUUGCCAUUACUUCAAAGACUUGUAAAUGUUAUGACCUGUUGUUUUUUAGGUUGCAGAGGUAACCUUCAAUUUCUGGUAUCGCUUGUCAGAAGCUCUUUUCAAGGCACGGAAUGACGCCAAGACAGCUAUUUUUAGAGAGUACUUUCAGACUCUUAUUGAAGCUCUCUGUGUCCACUGUCGACUGGAGAGUGAUGCUGUAAGUUCAAGCUUGUAUACAUUUGUACUUAUCUCUAGCAGGGUACGCAGAUGUCCAAGAUUACUUGGACAAAGAUUUUGUAAGUUUGUUUCAAAGUCAUAUGCUCUGUAGCAUACUUUUAAGUCAAGUAGUAUAAAAACAAACAAAAAGGCAAACAACUUUCUAGCGAUAAAAAAUUUUUUUAAAAGCUUUGUCAUUGGGGUGAGAAAACAUAAUAUGCUGAAAUGUUCAAAGUUUAUUUCCCCAAAAUGUAUUCUGUCCUCUAUGAAAGUUGGCAUUCCUGGCUAGACUGCCUGUUUUUUACUGUAAUGUAAAUGUACAUGUUUUAAAAAUAUAAAUUUUGUGCCAGGCAAAAACUGAUUAUGGCAAACUUAUAACAAAAAGGAUGAACUAUUAUUUAGAACCUUUUCUACUUAAAUUUCUGUUAUCACCUGAAUCUCUCUACAGCAAGGCAUCCCAGACGACAGUGAUGAGUUUGGAGAGUUUCGUCUCAGAGUUGCAGACCUCAUCAAUGAUUGUGUGUUUAUAAUAGGAUCAACCAACUGUUUCAGCCAGGUUUGCAAUGUUUUUUUUUUUUUUUAUGACAAUUACUUACAUAGUUCCUAUCCAAGUUCCUAUGAUAAACUUUUUUAAAUAUAGUUGUUUCCUACAGUGUAUUUUACUUAAAGUAUUGUAAUAUGAACCAUUAUUUUAAUGUUAAUUGUGAAUGGUUAAGUUUAAUUCUGUUAAAAAUAACUUUUCUUACUAGAUGUACAAUAGCCUCGCCCAGCAAGGAGACAAAAUACCUUGGGAAAUAACGGAGGCCAUCUUGUUUGUGAUGUCAACAGUGGCCAGAAAUGUUUCAGAGUAAGUACCUGAAUACUUCUGAAAAUGUUUUGUGAAGUAUCAGGGGCGGAUCCAGGAUUUUUUUUAGGACGGGGUGCACUCGUCUCUUGCUCUACUUCAACACCAAUAAACCACAUAGUUUUUUUUUUGCAGAAUACCAGUUGUAUUAGAAAACCACAGGUCAUCUCGGGGGGGGGGGGUGGCCACCCCCUGCACCCCCCCCCUAGAUCCGCCCCUGGGUUUUUUUUUUGAAGGCCCUGAUGCCCGAACGGGGAAGGGGUGGAGAAAAUUUUUUUUUUGACAGCGAUACAUGUAACAACAACCACAGCAAAACAAUUUUUACUGAAGGUUACUUACCUUUCCAUGUCAUUGUGUUCUCCACGGCCUUCUUUUUUUUUUUUUUUUUUUAGGGGGGGGGGGGGGGGUGCGCACCCCCUGCACCCUCCCCCUAGAUCCGCCCCUGAGUAUUCUUUGUGAAGGCCUGGAUGCCAGACAGGAGAAGGGAUGAAGAAAUCUAUUGUUUUGACAGCGAUACAUGUAACAACAACCACAGCAAAACAAUUUGUACUGAAGGUUACUUACAUUCACAUGUCAUGCUGUUCUCAACGGCCUUCUUUUUUUUUUGGUCUCUUUACACAUCUAUACUAUCCUUGUUCAAACUUCAUGUCCUAUGUGAAAUUCUGGAAGGCCUUCUGGCUGGCUGGAGUACUAGUGCUAUACUGGCCUAUAAAGACAGACUUAUUCGGCCCCUAAGAGAACACUUUGCAGUUGUUUAAAAUUGUACGCAAAUUAUACACGCAGAGCGAUUUUCGUAUGACCUUGAAAAAUGGUUUCGGUUAGUGUUCGUUAUUUGUUUUAUUAAUGGGUGACAAGAUCAGAAAAUGGACUCUUCGUUUUCCCACCAAAGAAAAUCCUGUUAUGGAGAAAACAUUGUUCGAUUGGCCAAUCGUAUUGCAGGAUGACGUCAAAGCGAGCGUUCGCUUAACCAACAAAAAGCCACGCGCGUUUGUAUCCGUUCUAAAAACCAAUCAAAUCGCUCUAUUUCUGUUCUUUUGUUGUUUCUGUUUUGUUCGUGCGUUUUAGUUUUAAGGUCUUACGAAACUUGCGCUAUUUAACUGACGUUCCUUACAAAUUCAUUUACUAACUUGGACUAACGACCUGGCAAUUUUGCUUUCGUAGCCAGUCUGAGGUGGUUGGUCAUUUCUUGCCAAUGGUGUUAAAUCUCCCAUCAACCUGUCAUGUUGCUGUCAGACAUAGCAGCAUUAAACUUGUUGGUGAACUGGCCGAAUGGAUACAUGAACACCCACAAUACCUUGGUAUGUAAAGCUUCUGUUACGUAUUACAGCCUCGUAUACGAUUUUUCUAAUCAGUAUAAAAUAGUCAGGUGCGCGUUCUAGACCACGAGCAGUCUCUCUUUUUUCUUAGGAACGAAACGCGCGAGACACGAAAAUGGCCACGCGCGUGACUGAAGGCGCGAGACGGGAGAGGCUGCCACCCCCAUUUCUUGCCUUUUUCGACGCUCUCACGUGUGCACUCCCGUCACUAUUAAAAUCUGAAGAAAAGAGAGACUACUUGUAGAGUAUGCACGGUCGAUUUACAAUACAUGUGGGACGGUUUUUUAAACCAUUAUUCUGUACACUUUACACUCUGGCCAAAACAAAACACUUUUAAUUGUGAAACAGGUUUUGAAUGCAGCCUGGCCCUUCCCUUAAUUCAUGAUCUGUGUUCUACUUUGCAGAUCCUGUUCUUCGCUUUCUGUUAUCCAAUAUUCAAGAUCCCAAAAUAUCUUCAAUCACAGCCUUAGCCAUAUCGAGCAUCUGUAUGUCCUGUUACUCACAGAUGACAAAGUAUUUUGAUGUAUUAGCGCAGGUAAAGAACAUCUUUAAAAAAACGUAUCUUUUAUUCAUUGCUAGUUCAAGUAAAACAACAAGUAAAUGUACGUUGUUUUUUAUUUUCCUGGCCCUUCAGAAUUAGUUUUGCCCUUGUUGCUUUAACUCUAACACGCUUUUGUACCUUGAAAAAGAAAGAAAGUGGAGAUAGCAGAGAAGGAAAAAAAAAGAUGAUGAUGAAAACAAAACAAAACAACCACCGUGAAUGUCGAUUGCUCUAUUUUCCUUGACCUCAUGACUUGACUCGAAAGUCACGUUGUUUAAACCCCAGCCUACUUUCGUUCCCACUAUCCUAUCAUUUUUUCCCCUUCUUCUGUCUGUAUGAAAUAUUUUUGUUACAAUAAAUUGAAGAGUAUUCUGAGUGCAAAGCUUGAUGACCUUUUAACAAACUACGUCGUGUUAUUACACGACAUUUCUUUUUUUUUCAAACUGGCCUGAUGUUCAAUUCUCUUAAAUGUUCUUCAGGUGGUGGUUGCAGCAGAUUCUCUGUCCAUCUCGCAUGAAUCGUACAUUGGAUUUCUCAAAGGUAACUGUCUCUCAAAAAGUGUUAGAGAACAAUCAAUUAGUGUUGAGUGCUUCGGUCAUCGUCUUAACUCGACUAGGUCACACAAAUUCAGGGGUUAAUUUAAUAAAACUAAAAUAAAGUGUAAUUUACAAGUGUAGCUAUUGUUUUAGGGUCCGAAAGCAAUGGCGACACUUGUAAAUUACAAUUGUAUUUUAAGUAAAUUGACCCUAAGUUGUUGCAGCUGUUGUCGGCUGGUCUUAGAAUAUGAAACUGAAAUGUCAAAGUCGUAAUAGACGUCAUUUUAGACAUACAUACAUACAUACUUUAUUGCAUAGACAGUUAUCUCUGUUAAUAAAGUGUCAAAGAAAAUGACUCAAAAAUCACAGGGAGAAUACCUGUAUUUUAGAGAGUUGUCUGUUUUAAAGGGUGUGUGGGAGGUGCUUAGCCUGCGGACACAGACGUACCUGCGGUCGUCGGAGAGAAGCGACGACCAGAAAUACGUCUGUGUCCGCAGGCUAGCAGAAGUAUGACAGAACUCUAAACGUCCGUUUUAGGGACAUGUCGGUCUUAUAUGUCAAUUAAAGAUUUAAAGAUUAAAGAUAGAGGUAUCUGUUACCAAGGAGGUGACCGUAAACAGGUAAAGAAAUUUUAAUUGUAAUUGAAGGCUUGUGUACUAAUUUUCCUCGUUGUCAUUUGCCUCAGGCGUUUGUAAAGUACUUGAGGCAGUUGAAUCGACAGAGAAGCUCUCAGAAGGUUUACAGAAUAUAUGUGGGAUACACAUAGCGUCACUUAAACAGGUAAAUUGAGACAAAUUUGCACAUGACAGGUGUUCGAGCCUCCAGACAGCCUGCAUAGGAAAUCAUAUUCUUAGCCCCAAGGUAGUGCCUUUUUCUUUGUUCCCUGUAACGGUGAGUUUAGGUGGAUUUCUACUGUCGCGUAAUGUUAACCUGCGUAGCUGCAUACGUUUUUCGCGGCGUAAAUGAAAUAGAGGCAAUGUAUGAAGCGUCCCGCAUGAACGUAAAAUUUGAGCCAGGUUCAACUUUCACGUUUACGCUCGACCUUUCAUUCAUUGUCUCUAUUUAUAUUUACGCGCGUUCGCACGUAAAAAUAACCCAACAGCGGAAAUCUUUUCGGCCUUAGAGGGAAAAAUAAAAUAUAUCAGCAAAAAUUGUGUGUUUUUAAAUCAGCAGAAAGGGAGCGAGGUCGCUUAGACUCUGAGGAUUACGGGAUGUGUAUCGUAAAUCUUAUGCUUGGAAUUCAAAUGCUUUCUUUUCAUUUCAAUAAAGUUGUUAUUGAUACAAAGUCUUUUCCCUUGAAGAUUUUAACGGCCCCUGGUAACUCCUACCCAGACCCCACGCUGUGGCUUGACAGACUUGCGGCAACAUUCAGGUAAGAAUGGAAAUUAUAGUUAGUGCUUAGCGGUAGAGCAUCUGCACUAGUAACCAAAAAGUCAUAAGUUCGACUCUUUUCUGAGCCGCGUGUGCCACUAACUGAAAAAUUAUCUUUCUCAUGUUUUAAAGGCUCAAAAUUCACCAUCACAUCUCUAUCAUUCCGCAUGAGGACAUAUCGACAUUCUUUUCCUAGCAGUGUGCAGGAUGUUUGUGGCGUAAGCUCCCACGAGUCUCAUGUAGCUUAGUGGUAGAGCAUCUGGACUGGUAACCUAAAGGUUUUAGAUUCAACUGCUAUCGGGAGUACUCGUAUUUUAUCAUCCGAGCCGGGAAACCGUCUUUCUCAUUCUUUAAUAGCCUGCGAGCAAGCUCCCCGGGGCGCUCUGGCGGCGCAGCGGGAAAAGGAAGGAGAGCUUGCAACUACGUCUCUGGAAUUUGAAUUCCACCUCCAAUUCCCCUGUGGCUCCCCGUCGACUGAGCUGUAAGAUUUCCGCCAAUCAGCUCGCAGCGGAAACGAACGCGAAUGUGAACAAACAUUGAAAAACACGUGCUAAGGGUAAUGACAUCAUUACUAAUGUCAUCUCCGCCAAUGAGCAUUUCUUCUUCGUUUUCCCGCCCCGCCGCCAGAGCAGCCCGGAGAGCUUGUUCGCAGGCUAAUUCUUUAAUUGAAUAACUUCUGAUUCCAGUCCCCAAAGAAGCAAGUUCCUAGACAGUGAAAGCGUCACCCAAAGAAAAUAAAACAUGUUUUAAGUUUCACACAAAAUAAACACAUUCUCACUGUGGAAUGUCAUUGAAAAUUAAAAGUCUUUGAAUUAUAUACUUACUGGUUCAAUUUGUUGCAGAUAUUUAAAUCCUAAAGUGGACAAUGGUAAAGUUCAUCCAGCCGUUGUGGUCGUAGAGGAGGUAAGUUCCCAAAACAAAACAAAGUAUUAUUAUUUCUACUAUAAGAACUUUCCCAAGUGUCUAGAGAAAAGAGACGUUAAGAUUCUAAGACGACGACGACUACGAACAGGAGAUUUUCUCAAGGCAAAGAAAUAAGGUGCUUGCUCAUUGACAUAGCAGUUCCAUCUGAAAGUAACACCUCAGCAAAAUUCACAGAGAAGUUGUCCAAGUACAAAGAUUUGGAGAUUGAAGUCAGUAGGAUGUGGGAUAUGAAAACGGAAACAAUACCAGUGGUCGUUGGAACCCUAGGUCUAGUUAAGAAUGGACUAGACAAGGUCACUAGUAGAAUCCCGGGUAACAUUAGCACCAGUAAAAUCCAGAAAAUCAAAAUGCUUGGAACAGCCCACAUACUAAGGAAAAUACUGUCGAAGAAGUAACUUCUCCUCCUAUAGCGCCCCAGGUCCACUACUUGCAGCCGGAUACAAUGGAUGGAAAGCAGGAAAACUUGACGAGAACAUAUGAAUGUUAAUCUUAAUCUUAAUAUUAAUAUUAGUAAUACUUGAUGUUUUAGGUCUGGCCUAUACUCUCCAAUAUUUGUGAUAAAUAUCGCGCUGACAUAAAGAUCAUUGAGAGAUGCUGCAGGUAUGAAAACUUGGUGUUCCAUUUACUUCCAUUUUUAAAUUUCCUCAUAACACCUCCUUUAUUAGUGUUACUCAGCCCCCCAGCCUGACGUUCUUUUGCCUCGUCACGCUUUCUUUUCCCACGAAGGAAUGCGUGACAAAGCUCUAAGAACGUCUGCGUUUGAGGCUAAUUGUAAUCCCCUUUUCCCUCUUAUGACAUGCAGAUGCAUUCGAUUCGCUGUCCGCUGCCUUGGUAAAGCUGCUAUAAACCUGCUCUCUCCAUUGGUUUCACAGGUAAGGUGUUGUUCUUAGAAAUCAUACAACUCUGUGUCUUCAAAAAGUGAGGGCAUAUCAGUGUCCCAAUUUCUGCAAGCUGAAAAGCAAUUUAGGCGCUAUUGCACUUCAAAGCUGUGGAACGAGAGAAAGUUGCUAGCGAGCUGUCUUAAGUUUGUAAAAUAUAUUACCAGUACGCUGCUAAUCAAGAUUUUCAAAACUUUUUCGAAAGGUAGCUAAAAUAGGAAAAUAGCGAAAACUAGUGAUAAUGUCGGCGCCAUUUGUCAAGAUAAUUUUACGCAGACGCGAAGAAGGUUAUUAUUAUGAGAAACAGAGGUACGAUAUUUACUUUAACGAAUUCAUUUGUGAAUCCUCGCCCAAGUUUCUAGUUAAUAGUAAAUCAAGUCCCUCUAAAUAAAGCAAGUAGCGCCUCAGUCGUCUGACAGCGUUGGACUGUUACUCUGCCCAAUGUUCAAGUGCCGCUUUUUUCAUAAUGAGACCUUGUAACACCCCCUGAAAUGAACGGAGCCUGCAAGCAAGCUCUCCAUUUGGGGGAGUCGCGAGAAGGCACGCGAAAGGAGACGCGAGUGCCACACACUCGCGCGUUCUCUCGCGGUUAAUUGGAGAGCUUGCUAGCGGGCUAAAAUGAGCCUGUCCUGUAAGGAUACCCCGCAGCAAUCGUCGCAGUUGCAGUAGAACUUGAUUCCACUUGGUGCAACGUUUGCUGGUUCAAAGAAAUCGCAUAAGAAGGCACGUUCUUAUCGAAGAGUGUUGCAUCAGGGACAUUUUUGUACAGGUUUUGUCGAAACAGGAUUGUAUGUUGCAACAGAGUUCUUACAGGCGAAUCGUUGCUGACGUCAUUGUUUACAUUUUUUUCUCCUUAGUAUACGAUCGAGUUAACCCAUUGAAGGCGCCACUGUAUGUACAAAUUAAAUUCAGAGGAUGAAAGUGUUGAAUAAUUCGUGCAACUUGUACAAUUUUCAGCUCUCUGCAUGCAAUAACAAAGGAAAUAGCAGCCAUCGAAAACUGCGAAAUUGCUGGGUGGCAAAAACGCUAAUGAGCCCAUACAUUCUUUGUAAAUUUUCGAGUUUUUCAAAGAUAAUUUCUCCGAAACUAUUCGAUAUAUCGGACUCAAAUUUUCAAAGAUAACUGAAAUUGUUAUGUUCUUUUGACAUUUAGAGAGUUUAUUUUAAUAGCGUGAUCAGAGAAUGAAAGGCAUAUGCUAAUGAGGCAAAAAAUGUAAAUAAAGAUUUGCCUAUUCAGUCAGUGAGCAAUUGGUCAAAUCAACCAUGUCUUUGCAAAGGACGAGAUCCCUCAAGAUGUGUCAGCCGUUACUACCAGACAUCGAAGAGUAAGAUUAACUCUUCCUUUUAUUCUCGAACUAGAUGGUCAGUAUUUACGGUACCAAUCCCCACUCGUGCUUUCUGUACCUGGGCAGUAUAUUGGUAGAUGAGUAUGGUGAGGAGGUCGGAUGUAUCUCUGGACUUGUUGAUAUGACUGUGGUAUGUUUAUUUCCGUGGUAUAACCGAUUAGCAAUAUAUAAAAGAUCUUUAGGCUGAGUAGUCUAAACACGAGAUGGUUGUGGUUGCAUAACGCUAGCUACUCGCAGAAACUGUUUCCAGUCGAUAGCGUCACUGGUUCUAUUGUGUCGUUUCUGACCCUGACCCCACCAUCCCUUUGUGUCCUUAAACUGGAGUCUUUGCUUAAUACUCUCUCUUUCAACCAUACCGGACAGCAGUUGCUACUCCUGAUCGCGCCCGUCUUUGUCCAUGGAUUUCGCUAUGGCAUCGCUCUUCAGUCAGUUGAUUGAGGUGUUGUCAAAUUUUCCUCGCAACAAUAAAAUGUCCCGUGAACUUCUUUGCCCUCUGAGAGAAAACUCAAAAUGGUGAGAUUCUGAAAAUAGCUUUAUGAUCGUGUGCAUCUAAUCUCCUUCAUCCUUGGUUCCCACUGAAUUUCUUUCAGGCUUUUUGUGUACCAGCAUUUCAGUUGUUAAGUCAAGAGAAAGGAAUGAUUGAGCAUCCAGACACCAUAGAUGAUUUGUUUAGACUUUGCAGCAGGUAAGAUAAGCUCGUGUGUUAAUUAUACGUGCCAGGUUUUCGAGCAUCAGGGAAAUCUCCUUUCUUUCCUGUUCUCGUCAAUUAUGGUUAAAUUCUUCACCCGGCCGUUAGUUUUGGUUGUUCUACCGACAUUAUUUUCAUUGACGGUUGAAGCGUCUUUAUCAUCAUCAGCAGCAGCAGCAGCAGCAGCAGCAUCAUUAUCAUCAUCAUCAUCGUCGUCGUCGUCGUCUAAAUCGUCGUCGCCAUCAUCAUCUCCAUCAUCAUCGUCGUCAUCAUCAUCAUCAUCAUCAUCAUCAUCAUCAUCAUCAUCAUCAUCAUCAUCAUCGUCAUCAUCAUCAUCAUCAUCAUUAUUGUUAUUAUUGUUAUUGUCAUCGGUAGCGAAUUUUUAAAAAGCCUUUCUGUUAAUUGAUAGAAGUUUUUGCAUCUUGCUUUUCCCUUCAGAUGUCUUCAGAAGUUUCCUGUUUCAUUUCUCAAGUGUGAUAUUGCCAUCCCUUCAAUUCACUGCGCUGUUGUGGCGAGUAUAAUCGAACACAGAGACGCCAACUUAUCUGUAAUGAAGUUCCUCAAAUGUCUUGUCAGCUGUGCAACGGAGAAGGUUAGACUGAAAGAUUGUACUUCUUUCUCUGGCCUUUUUGUGCCUUACAACACUCUGAUCUUGGUAAUAGGGGUAUACAUUAAAAACCCGCUACUAGGAACCUCACUUUUUAAGAACCUGUUAGGCUACCUGUUAGGGUCAAGUCAACAUUCAGAAUCCUCUUUGGACACAUAGGUGUCUUAUCACCCCAACUGCAAUGUGUCUUCUCAGCUCGUUUACUUUUUUUGCUGUUCUGAGUAGUUUUUUGCCUAAUUUAUGUUAAUUAAUUCUCUUUUUUGUAAACGUGUUUUAAGUCGGCAAAUAAAAUGGUUGGUUGUUGUUGUUUUUCAUAAGGAACUAGUAGUAAUUGCAAAUUAGGGGAGUGCGUCCGACAGUGACUACACUAAACUAUUCACCUGAAUUUUGUGUAAUUGAGGCUAAGCCGCCGAGGCAAAACAUAGAUACUAGUCCCUGGCCGAGAAAAAGUCCCUGAAAAAUCUGCUGGGCGGAUAAAAGGGCGUCCGUUAUUGAGAAAAGUUUCAUGACAGACGGAGAUUAGGAAUGCAUCCUUCGGACGCAAUAAGUUGAAUAUACCACUAAAUACUCUUGGCUUCCAUGUAAUCUUUUUCUUUCAGAAAAUAAGAACCUAUCUAAGAACCUACAUAGCUUAAUUUCUGCUUAUUACCAUUUAUGUAAGAACUUGUUGAGGGUAACUUGGGAAAAUACAGGUUCUUAGUCGCGUGUUUUUACUGUACAGCUGAUAGUUUGUAUCGCAUAUUCAGUAGUUUGUAAUGCAUUCAGUCGUCUUCUCGUCUAGCCUCCCUCGCUGACGUUCUGAAGGCUUAGGAAGGGUUACGAAGCCCUAAGAGGGUCUGCGUGGGAGCCUGGCUGGAUUAGCUUGAAAGGCCUCUGAGCGAAUGAGACCACAACACACUUGCAGCCAGAAAUGAUUCCAUUUCCUCAGUGCUGACACACCCGUCGCUCAGAGCUUGGAACUCACGGAAUUUUGUUUACUCUUUUCUUUAGUCACGAAAUGAUUUUCAAGAGAGGGUUUCAUUAGUGCAGCAGAUACUCGCUGUACAUGGUCAGAACAUUAUAAAUGGUAAGAGGCUACUCUGCCUUCGUUUACCUGUCCAUAAUCAUGAUGGCUUUAAGCCUGAUCAUCCAGCUCGAAGGACCACUUGUCUAAAGGAGUUUUGAAGCUCUAUUUUUUUUCUUUGUUUUACGGUCUUUCAAGAUUUUUGCGUGUACAAUCCCUUCAGUCUUUUCAGUCUGAAUUUGUUUUCUGUACCUUUCAGUCAACACGUUCUAGUAACAAGGUCUCUCUCUUCUUACGUUGCAUUUACUAUUAAACAAGUUAAAGUAACGCAAUACGUAAAGCUACGUAGUGUGUCACACUAACAAUUCGUGAACUUCCCUUUUUUUCUUGCUCCCAUUAUUGAAAUAUUUAACGUGACGUCUGAAUUUCUGUUUUAAGGUCUGAUUCAGGCUUGCGCAGGAGCAUUACCAUCCUACAUGGUGUUAGACGUAGCUGAAGUGCUGUGGGAAUUCAUCACCUUCUGUAGAGAGGUAAACUUGUAAUUACGACAUUCCAUUAAUCUUUGGUCCCAAACUCCUUUAAUGUGGAGUUUUAUGUUAACAGUGGUCUUGCGAUCGUUUGAAUUAUGGUCAGUCAAUGAUAUUCAUCGAAUAUUGGUUUCCGUAUUGCAACCUGCUACGGACCUUUUUUCAAAGACGUUUCAGUUAGUGGGGAUUUUCUAACACCGCGAAUUCUUAUUCAACGUCCAAAGAGCCUGAUAUAUUAGUUCACAUACUUACUGGAGUGAAACACAUGUGAAAGCUGGUUAGUUAAACAAGGUUUCCUCGCUAAAGCUGACUCCUUAUUCUGUAAACUAACAGUUAAGAAAAUUUGAAACAUUAUAGCUUACAUAAAUCCUAUCUAAAUGUCGGUUGUAUUAGUUAUUCCUUAAAUAAUUUACAACUGUUAAAGCUGUAAUCAUGUUUCGUAGGUGUCAGUAACACUUAACUUUUUUGUUAUUAUUUUUUUGUGCGACACAGGAGACAUCCAAAUGGGUUGAACUGUCUUUGCAGUCAAUUCAAACCCAGAUUGUACCGGGCAGUGUUAUAGCUACACCUCAGCAGCUCCAAGAGUUUCAUCAAGCAAUUAUUAGGUGGGUAGCUUCGUUAGCCGGGAUCUGCUCUGCCUAUAAGCCUAUUAUUGAAGGACUAUAGUAUAUGGAAGUUAUAACUGAUGCUUGUCAUAUCGCUAAAGUAGUAAAGAUAGGAAUACAACGUAGGGCAGUGGUUUAGGGCGCCGAAUAGGCCUUUUGCAUUAGUUGAUCACGUGAUCAACUUUCGGUAAAAACGAAAACAGUUAGCUUUUGAAAGAUUUUGUUAGCACGAGCUGAAAGAGCAUAUUAAAAUUAGGUAACCUGUCAAUUUCCAGCCGUAUAUCUCAAAAGUAGCGAUUGCAACGGCCAACGAAAAUUAGAAGGAUUUGUAUAAGAAAAACAACUUUUGCCACCUAGUCACGCUUGAAUGGUUUUCCAUGCAAAUCCUUGUAAAUUUCGAAAUUUUCAAACUGUCGUGAAAUAUUUCCUUAAGCAUUACGGGCCUCAAAUCUCCUUUUAAUUCAUAACAGGCAAUUUGAGUCCUUAAAUGGGUAAGAGAAAGAUUUAACGACGGUUUAAAAAUUUCAGAAUCUACAAGGACUUGUAUGGAAAACCACUCAAGCAUGACUCGGUAGCAAGAGUUGUUUUCUGAUACAAAUCCUUGUAAUUUUCGGCGGCCGUUGCAAUCGCUACUUUUGAGAUAUACGGCUGAAAUUACCAGGUUACCUAAUUUUAAUAUGCUCUUUCAGCUCAUGCUAACAAAAUUUUUCAAAAGUAUAUUGUUUUCGUGUUUACCGAGAGUUGAUCACGUGAUCAACUAAUGUAAAAGGCCUAUUUCAACUCUUUUCCCAUGGGUUGAAAUCCAGCUCUAGUCAUCAUUGUCAAUGGUGAUAAUAUUAACAACGAGAAAUGACUGAAUGCGCAAACAAAAACGCCCCCUCCAUUCCAUGGACGGUUUUUUGUUUCCGUGUCUUUUUUCUUUUUCUUAGUGAGAAAUACCUUGUCUUCGUAGUUUGUGAUACAUAUUCGAAGUGAUUUUACGUUUUCGUUUAAAAGGAUGAUUUUUCUUCUUUUCGCAAGUAAAAGUGUAACGUUGUGAUCCUGUCUUAAGACAGCAGCAUUGAAACUUCUUAACUUGGUUUCCUAAUUUCCGCAACAAUUCUAGUUUCUAUGUUGUUCUUCUCAGAUCCUCCAACCAAGACGCUGUUUGGAAAGCAUCGAAGCGCUUUUCUCGACUGUUUAGGUGA